AUGUCAAACGACCGCUCUGGGGAUGACAACUACUUGAGCUUCAAUGGAGGAGAUCAGGAAUCGCUGCUUCGAUCGAGACACAGUACUAUUUCACAUGGACCUCAGAGACAGGGGUCUCUGGUGAGACCCGAGAGAAAUCAGCUAAAUAACCCGGAGAAUCCGCACUAUUACUAUGUGCAAAAAGCUCAGGAACAGCAGGAUCAUUUGGACGUUCAGCCUUCUACAACUGGGGUGACACCGAAUUACGUGGGGCGAUCACGGGUCAGUGGUUCGCUACGCUCAGUGGUAGAUGUUGGCGAUGAGCGUGGUUUGGAGAGCUAUCCCCUGCAAGACUUUUCGAAUGAUCAGAAACCGGCGGUGGAAGAACAUGUGGAUGAUCUCACUGACGAAAAUCAGGCAAAUUUGUUGUCUACGGCCCGUGGUCAGAAGCCGGUCAGGAGUGAUGUGACGCGGGCAAAGACGAUUACGCCGUGGCAGCUUUAUUGUUAUAUCGUCUCGUUUUGGGCUCCGGCACCGCUUUUGUCCUUAUGUGGCAUGCCGAAGAAGGAGAGACAGCUGGCAUGGAGGGAAAAAAUCGGGCUUAUAUCUGUCAUAUUCUACUUGGGAGCGUUUGUCGCUUAUUGGACUUUUGGGUUCACUAGUACUGUGUGUGGUCACAGCGUGCUUCGAUUGAAAAAUAACGAAGUGUCGACUGGCUACCUGAUUAUCAAUGGGAAGGCGUUUGCGCUGGAUUCGUCGUCGCAUCCGGCGGCAGCCGGUAUCGAUGCCGGUACAAAUGUUCUGUAUCCUCCCGUCAAUGCAGGCGGGAUGGAUGCAUCUUUCCUGUUUCAGAAUGUUAACGGUAACUGUCUGGAUCUGAUAAAGCCUAAGGACAACUGUUCGAUUCCACACGAUGACCAGGGAAAACUGGCGUGGUACUUCCCUUGUAAACUGUUCAGUCAAGACGGCUCUACGCAGCCAAACUUUACCAAGUCUGAAUAUUACGACGGUUGGGCUUGCCAUACGUCAGAGGCUGCAAGAGAGGCAUAUUACUCGCUGGAACCGGCAGCGGAAGUGUAUUUCACGUGGGACGAUAUUAAAAACUCUUCAAGGAAUCUUAUUGUCUACAACGGGCACGUCCUGGAUCUCGGGCUCUUGAAUUGGCUGCAGACCGAUGACCUCGACUAUCCGCCAAUGUUCAGUGAUUUAAAGAGGCUUGAUUUUCAGGGGUAUGAUCUAUCCAUUGCACUGGCUAAUAGCUACGACAAAAAAGUUGCUCGAUGCUUGAGCGAGAUCAUCAAAGUCGGUGAAGUUGAUUCAAAGACAGUUGGUUGCAUUGCAUCAGACGUUGUUCUUUACGUCUCAUUAAUUUUCAUCUUAUCUGUUGUCAUUGCCAAGUUCUUGAUUGCAUGCUAUUUCCGCUGGGCAGUGGCCAUGAGGCAAGGCGCUUUCCCGGUUGAUAAUAAAACCAUGGGACAGCAGCUAAAUAAAAUUGAAGAUUGGUCCAAUGAUAUUCGUACCCAAGGUCCAAUAAAGCAGGUGGCCCCCGAGUUAAGACCGAAGCAUCAUACUAGGACCGAGUCCAGGAUGGAUCUUCUCAAGAAAAAAGGGUCUAAAAUGUUUCAGCCAAGAAAUAACAGCGACUUCAAUGAUAAUAUGACCACAGACGGCACGAUCGCUGGAAUGACGACGAUGGCAACACAGAGUGCGGCAAGAGCUGCCAGAGAACGCAAUUCCAUCCAUUUAAGUAACACAUUUCCGUCUCGCGAUUUGACAACACUUGCUCCAAGUGACUCUUUGUUAUGGAAUGGGGAUCAAAGAAUCACAGCACCAGGAGGUUCGUCGAUACAAUCUUUUGACUCCGCCAUUAUUCAUCCAGAUGCUGUACAGCAGCCGCCACUUGAUUAUCUGCCAUAUGGUUUUCCACUCAUCCAUACGAUCUGCUUUGUGACCUGCUAUUCGGAAGAUGAAGAGGGUUUGAAGACCACUCUAGACUCAUUAUCCACCACAGAUUAUCCAAACUCCCAUAAAUUAUUGAUGGUGGUAUGCGACGGUCUGAUUAAAGGUUCCGGUAAUGAUAAAACUACACCCGAAAUAGCCCUAGGAAUGAUGGAAGACUUUAUCGUUCCGCCAGAUGAAGUUCAGCCGUACUCAUACGUUGCGGUGGCUUCCGGUUCAAAACGUCAUAACAUGGCCAAGAUUUACGCAGGUUUUUAUAAGUAUGACAGUGAAACUGUGCCUCCAGAGAAGCAACAGAGGGUCCCGAUGGUUACAAUCGUCAAGUGUGGUACUCCUGAUGAACAAGGUUCAGCAAAACCUGGUAAUAGAGGUAAGCGUGAUUCUCAGGUUAUUUUGAUGUCAUUUCUACAGAAGAUGACUUUCGAUGAAAGGAUGACAGAGCUGGAAUUCCAGCUUCUGAAGAGCAUUUGGCAAGUAACUGGUCUGAUGGCAGAUUUUUAUGAAACUGUUCUUAUGGUUGACGCUGAUACAAAAGUCUUUCCUGAUUCUCUAACCCACAUGGUAGCAGAGAUGGUUAAGGAUCCGCUAAUUAUGGGCCUUUGUGGUGAGACAAAGAUUGCCAACAAAGGCCAGUCUUGGGUCACAGCCAUACAAGUUUUUGAGUAUUAUAUUUCGCAUCACCAGGCCAAGGCAUUUGAAUCUGUGUUUGGCUCCGUGACCUGUUUACCAGGUUGCUUUUCAAUCUAUCGUAUCAAGUCCCCCAAAGGAUCUGACGGAUUUUGGGUACCAAUUUUAGCUAAUCCUGACAUUGUCGAGCGCUAUUCAGACAACGUUACGGACACUCUGCACAAAAAGAAUCUGUUAUUACUUGGAGAAGAUAGAUAUCUCUCGUCGUUGAUGUUAAGGACCUUUCCAAAACGGAAACAGGUAUUUGUUCCUAAGGCGGCCUGCAAAACCAUUGUUCCUGACAAGUUCAAAGUUUUGUUGUCUCAACGUCGGCGUUGGAUCAAUUCCACUGUUCACAAUCUUUUUGAAUUGGUAUUGAUUAGAGAUUUAUGUGGUACUUUCUGCUUCUCUAUGCAAUUUGUCAUUGGUAUUGAAUUGGUUGGAACACUUGUGCUGCCUUUAGCAAUCUGUUUCACCAUAUAUGUCAUCAUUGUUGCUAUUGUCUCGAAGCCCACUCCCACUAUGACUUUGAUUCUGCUUGCUAUCAUUUUGGGUUUGCCUGGUUUGAUUGUCGUUAUAACCGCAACAAGAUGGUCCUACUUGAUGUGGAUGGGCAUUUAUAUACUUGCAUUGCCUAUUUGGAACGGUGUACUACCAACUUACGCGUACUGGAAAUUUGACGACUUCUCAUGGGGUGAAACCAGAACCAUCGCCGGUGGGAAUAAAGGUGGGCACGAUGACGCCGAGGGUGAAUUCGAUCAUUCUAAAAUUAAGAUGAGAACAUGGAGGGAAUUUGAAAGAGAAGAUAGAAUGCAUAGGUCGUCCAGCGGGAGAAAUGACCAGGACGGGAUGUACUUGUUUUAG